AUGUCUGCUAACGAGUUCUACUCUUCUGGCCAACAAGGCGAAUAUCAACAACUUCAGCAACAAGACCAGCAGCAACAGGUUGGCGGCGAGGGCGAGCGAGGCCUUCUCUCGACUAUUGUGGGUGGGGCUGCUGGAGCCUACGGAGGAUCCAAGCUGGGCGGCUCGCACUCCCAGCUAGGAGGUAUUGCCGGUGCUCUGCUCGGAGCAGUUGCUGCCAACAAGAUUGAGGACAAAGUUGAGCAGAAGUGGGAGCACCAGGGUGGCUACGGUGGCCGGAACCACGGAGGCUUCGGUGAGCAAAUAGGCGGCUUUGGCGGGCUUCAAGGACCUCCCUAUGGAGGCCCGCACGGUGGCUUCCAGGGCCGUUUGGGAGGUCCCGAAGGUGGGUUUGGAGGUUUUCAGGGUGGUCCUCAGAACGGCUUCGCGGGUCCUCAGGGAGGCUUUGGGGGCCCGCAGGGGGGCUUUGGCGGGCCAGGCCGCCAGAGCGGAUGGUAA